GAUUAUUUUUGGUUUUAGAAUUUAGUCUCUUCUUUUUCAUCUCAUCGUGCUUCUUUUUACAUCGUGAUUUGUUGGAGUCGGUUCCAACUGAAUCAUCAUCAUGUCGAUUCGCCCAGUAUAUCGGCCAACUAUUGUCAAGAAGAGAACAAAGAAGUUUGUUAGACAUCAAUCUGAUCGUUAUGAUAAACUCAAGAGAAACUGGCGUAAACCAAAAGGUAUUGACAACAGAGUCAGAAGACGUUUCAAGGGACAAUUUUUGAUGCCCAAUAUUGGUUAUGGUAGCAACAAAAAAACAAGACACAUGCUUCCAACUGGUUUCCGCAAGGUCCUUGUCCACAAUGUCAAGGAACUUGAAGUUCUCAUGAUGCAAAAUCGUAAAUUCUGUGCUGAAAUUGCCCAUGGUGUUAGCAGCAUGAAACGCAAGACAAUCGUUGAACGUGCACAACAAUUAUCAAUUCGUGUAACUAAUGCAAACGCUCGUCUUCGUUCUGAAGAAAAUGAAUAAUUUAAUAAUAAAAAAACAACUAAAUUUUAAA